AUGAAGAAUCCGUUAGGAGGGAGAGAGAGCAGUUCCUCCACACCCUUCUCCUUCUACCUGAUGGGUGGGGAGAGAACCUGCCCCUUAUUAGUCAUGCUUGAAAGAGAAGAGGAGGGCAAAUUGAUAGGCUCUGAAGCCAAAUGCCAUCUGCUGCCGCAUAGCAUUUAA